CCUUCGUUUUCCAGUGUAGUGCGUUGAUUUCAUACCAAAGUCAUACUUAACAUUCCACUUAUACUGUCAAACCUCUGAGAAAUAUUACGGGAAACAACAAGGCGCCAAUUUAUUACCAAGUUAUUAAAAAGCGCAGUCCGGCUGCCUGAGAGGAAUAAGGAGGCUGACAGAAUUAAUAAUAAAUUUUAAAAAAGCUCUCAGCUGGACCCAGCUGCUCCAAGGAGCCCGACAAGUCCACCAACUGGUCCAGAGAGACGCCGGAACCAUCCGGACGAAUUUGGACUGGUUUGGACUUUUGCAUCCAGAGAGGUCUCCCACUGAUCUUCUGACAUUUGGGCUCAGGGUUGGGCCCAGGGGGAGCCGCCACCAUUGCGUCCAACGAGUGGAGCGCCAGCGGUAGCCCAGAAGAUGGGCUGGAUGGAGACAAUGAGGAGAAGACCAUGGACGGGGAUGCCGAGGGCGUUUGGAGCCCGGAUAUUGAGCAGAGUUUCCAGGAGGCCCUCGCUAUUUACCCGCCCUGUGGCAGGAGAAAAAUCAUCCUAUCAGACGAGGGAAAGAUGUACGGUCGCAAUGAAUUGAUUGCAAGGUACAUCAAGCUGAGGACAGGCAAAACCCGCACACGAAAGCAGGUGUCUAGUCACAUACAGGUGUUAGCACGGAAGAAAGUCCGUGAAUACCAGGCGGGUAUAAAGGUUUCUAGCCACUUGCAGGUUCUCGCCCGGAGAAAAUCUCGCGAGAUCCAGUCAAAGCUAAAGGCAAUGAAUUUGGAUCAGGCGUCUAAAGACAAAGCGCUGCAGAACAUGGCAGCACUGUCCUCGGCACAGAUCGUCUCCCCAAGUAUGAUAAAAAAUCAUCUCCCACCACUGUCUCCUGCCCCGUACCAACCAGCCAGAUUCUGGCCCGCUCCAAUUCCUGUACAGCCCGGACCAUCUCAGGACACCAGGAUGGUUCUAGAUCUCAACCCGGGAAGGACUCCUGGGCCCGGCUGCACCAGCCAUGCCAUCAAACCUUUUGUACAGCCCCCAUACCAAAGUUUACCAGGUCCUGUACAACAGCCCAUACCAGCCUAUGAGCCCUUGGCACCCCCACCUGCACCUGCAGCCACUGCGGUUCCCGUUUGGCAGGAUCGAACAAUCGCUUCUUCCAAGCUGCGGAUGCUUGAAUACUCGGCCUUUAUGGAGGUCCAGAGAGACCUGGACAAUUACAGCAAACACCUGUUUGUCCACAUCGGGCAGACCAAUCCCUCCUACAGCGACCCUCUCCUCGAGGCUGUGGACAUCCGGCAGAUCUACGACAAGUUCCCUGAAAAAAAGGGUGGGCUGAAAGAGCUGUACGAGAAAGGCCCCCAAAACGCAUUCUUCCUCGUAAAAUUCUGGGCUGAUCUGAACAGCAGCGGGAUGCUGGAUGGUCCAGGUUCCUUUUACGGUGUCAGCAGCCAGUACAGCAGCAUUGAGAACAUGACGAUUACAGUUUCAACCAAAGUCUGCUCAUUUGGCAAGCAGGUUGUUGAAAAAGUCGAGACAGAAUACGCUCGUCUGGAGGGGGGGAAGUAUGUUUACAGAAUCCACCGCUCCCCAAUGUGUGAAUACAUGAUCAACUUUAUCCACAAACUCAAACACUUGCCAGAAAAAUACAUGAUGAACAGUGUUCUCGAAAACUUCACGAUCUUACAGGUGGUGACGAACCGUGAAACCCAGGAGACGCUGCUCUGUAUAGCAUUUGUUUUUGAGGUUUCAAACAGCGAACACGGAGCUCAGUAUCACGUCUACAGACUUGUUAAAGAAUAACAGCUCACGAGGGAGGUUCUGGAGAACCCAGACAAGACUUCCUCAACCAUCCAGGUUACGCAACAACAAAAACCUUUAUUAAUGGUAGACCGAACUAACACGGACACAAGUUAUGCUUUAUAGAAAGAACGUGAUGAAAAAAGAGCCAACAAACACAGGGAAUCUGAAGAACAGUGGACAACCAGCUAUUUGCCAUGUGCUCAAACAAUAUGAAGUGGGUCACUUUGUAAUUGAUGAAGCUUGAAAAGUUUACCUGAGGGAACGAGAAGGUGUUAACGGUUGAAAAGACUCUUAUUAAGUGGACGUGCUCUGAGCAGUAAGAAAAGUGUGUUUGGACUGAAAAGUGGAGUUACUUGGACCACAGAGGGUGGAAAUCCAGAGGCAAGUUGUUAAGAAAGCUUAAGUGCCUUGUUUUACCAAAGGUUUUAUCAUUGCCUGCCACUUUGAAUAGCCUACUUUUCUACUACCUCUUGUUUUUAAAUGAAAAUAAAAUAUUAAUAGAUGUGUUUUGUUACAAAAAAAAUUGGAAGAGAAAACAGAUCAGUGUCUGUGGGGGCGGUUUAUAAGAAGACAGGAUUUCUCAUGUAGCUUUUUCAGGAUUAAAUAAGACAUUAAAAUCCCAAGUUUAACAAUCAAAGUAAAUUUGGGGGGAAUAACUCAUUUUUGUUUUGUAGUAGGGUUCUGUUUUCUACAUUGUAUCAUACAAGCAAAAAUCAGGUCUUACCAGCAUAUAACUGUUACUGACACUAAGGAUGUCUUGUUCUACUAUUACCCUGACAUGAAGCUAGGACCUUCCUUUUAAGAUCAUGUUACUCCUUUGUUUCCCCUGUUUAAAGAUGUGUGCUUGGAUGCACAUAUACAUACAUACAUACAUACAUAUAUAUAUGAAAUAUGACAGGAGUUUGCAGCAACAGCAGUGCUUAUGAUCUGAUGUGAGGUAUGUAGCAUAAUCCAAUUAAAAUGUUUUAUUCUGUACUGUGAGUCAGUGGAUACUGAAGGAACAUGUGUUACAUAGGAGUAUUUGGGGGAGGCUGGGUUUUUGUUCAUAUUUGUAAUCUAGUAACUCAGCACAGAGACCAUGGUUAAAGAGGGAGAAGUUUAUCACUGUUUCUUUUGUUAAAAAAAACAUGAGAUUGCAUGCUGCGAAGUCAGUUUAUUUGCUUCACUCUUCCAAUGAGCAGAGAGGCUACACUGAUAAAAGUUCAGUUUUUUUAUUUAUGGCGAUUCUUCUCAAACUCAAUUUGGAAUCAGUUUAAUAGUUAUAAAUUAUUUUGAAAAAUAACUAUUGUCUCUGUGGAGUAUAACUAUCGAUUGUUAUUUAUGGGGUUGGGAAAAAAACGUGAAAGGGCAGGACGGGGUUCUCCAGAUGUGUCAAGCUUCAUGACGGAGGUGUUAAAACCACAGUAAGACUUGUGUUUGAGACAGGAAUAACCUUUAACCCCUCAAGUCCUGCUUGAAAAAUCACUACUCUGGGUGGUCCACUGGACAACUGUGCUAUGAAUGUGCAAAUUAAGGUAUAUCAGUGGCAUAAAUGUCCCCUGGCUUUGGAUAUCAUAGGGAGCCCAAGUCUCCUCCCUUUCCGGUCGGCUCAUGGUGUCCCUGAAAUAACAAAAAAAUGAAUGCAAGUCAACGAGGCUAAAAGAGCUAUUUUCUAAUCCACUUUGCCUUACGCUCUGGAUCACACACAUGUUGUGCUUCAAUUUUAAUGAAAUGCAAUGGGCGUUCCGACCACGCUAGUCACAUACUUUGAGAUUUAUCAGCUUACAAAAGUUUCUAAUUAGCAUGACUACAAAUCAGACAUCGGUACGUCGCAUAUAUGACGUCACCACAUAAUCUCCUCUCUCUUAGCGUAGCUGCUACUUACCACAUGGCCUCUGGUUCGGUGACGUCACUUUGGUGAUGCGCAUUUGUAGUUCUGGACUCAUUUUCACACAAAACCUAAAAUAACGUCUCCCCCCGUUGGAAAAUAAGCACUUUCUUUGUAUCAACAUGUGUCUUUAAAAUUCACUGACAUCAUAUGUAAAAUCCAUGGCAAAUAACAAGCGGAAUUAGAAAACAGCCUUUUUAGCCCCAUUGACUUGCAUUCAUUUUUUCGUUUUUCCGGGGACCCAUGGUCCUGAAGUAGACGGAUGUCACUUUGGCUCCCUAUACACAUAACACUCCUGUUCCUGCAGGCCUCUCGGUUCAUCUUUUAUACAAACAUCUUCUACUAUUGUUUUUGGAUUCAAUCGUGUUUUGACUUUCAGCAUUCGCCUUGUGCAGCGCUGAAAAGGUGUGAUUGUGCUGGUAUUGAAAAUGAAUAAUGAAAUAUCUAAUGUAUCAUAUUUUGGAUGGUGUGGGAUGUUCUUUUGGUUUUUGGUGUUUUAUUAUUGUCUUUGUUGCCAUUGUGCAUUGCAAUUUUAUACUUAAAAAAAGAGGUUGGAAUAUGUAAUCAGAAGAUGUAUCUAACAGUACAAGACGCAUGGUGCCUUUGGGGCCAUUUUCCCCAGAAAACCUAUUAAAUGUUUGUUAAUUUG